AGCCACAUCAUCCGUAGCAUGUUCAAGUCGUCACCUCCCAACAAACACAACGUCCAACCCCUCCCUCCUCUGGACCAGGAGAGCGAGCAUCUCAGCACAUUGUGUCUUAACUGUCUCCUUCAUUUCUUCUCAUGGAUGCCACUAUCCGGCAACAUCACCCCCAGUCUCAUCACCGUCAUCUUCCACUUCGCCAACUUCGGCUGCGACAUCCAGUCGGUCAGCCGCGGCACGUCGCCCGUGCGGGCCAACGACAGCUUCAGCGCGAGCGGGAGCUCCUCGCUGGGCGUCCUGGCCAUGUCCUGCAUCAACGAGAUCAUGUCCAAGAACUGUGUGCCCACAGACUUUGAGGAUUACCUCUUGAGAAUGUUCCAACAGACUUUCCAGCUGCUGCAAAAAUUAACCAAAGACAAUACAAACCAAUCAGUAGGGAAUAGGUUAGAAGAGUUAGAUGAAAGUUAUGUAGAGAAAUUCACAGAGUUUUUAGGUUUAUUUGUCAGUGUUCACCUCCGCCGGUUUGAGAGCAACUCCCAUUUUCCAGUGCUUGAGUUCCUAUCCCUCCUCUUCAAGUACACAUUCAAGCAGCCGGAGCCAGAAGGUUACUAUUCUUGUUUAGACAUCUGGACCAUAUUCCUGGACUAUCUCAUCGACAAGACCAACUCAUCAAGAAACCCUGAAAUGAACCACUUUGUAGACAGAUACAAAGAUGCAUUAAUAUCUGUGAUGUCUGAAAUACUGCACAAGUUACAGUUUAGAUACAACCAGGCACAGCUCGAGGAACUAGAUGAUGAUAACGUUUAUGAUGACUGUGAGACGGAAUGGCAGUGCUACCUCAGACAAGGCUUGGAGGUCAUUGCUAAGAUUGCUGAACUCUUACCUACAGAGGCGUUUAGUUUAGUGUACCCACCAUUCCAAGAAUAUCUGACUGUGUACCUGGGUCUCAGACAGUAUGUGGUUGAUAUCCCAGAGGGUCAAAGGUUGAAUGUCAACCAGGAGAACGAGUGUAGGAGAUUACAUUGUACUCUGCGAGACCUUUGUUCCAUGUUCCAAGCAUUAGGAAGAUUAGCAGAGCACUUCAUAGGAGACAAGUUCACAGAGAGGUUCGAUAACGCCCUCUCAUUAAUAGAAAGGUUAUGUCAAGCAGCAGUGUAUGGCACCAAUAUGAAGCUAUACAGAAUGAAGAAUGCAGCACCAACAGUACUCAAGCCAGACUUUGUAGAAACACAUGCGCAAGCUUUAGCUGCCCUGAAGGCCUACAGUCAUUGGUUAGCGCAGUUCUACAACGAGACGAGUAAACCCGGAAGCAGACAUCAUGAUAAGAUGUUACCCCUAAUGACAAACUUGGUGGAAGCCAUUGCACCUGAACUUGCCAAACAGAUCCCUAGUAAGAUAAUCCUGUCUUCAGCCCACCUGUUCAUGUCCGUAGCCAGUACAGUACGUCCAACAUUCCUCAUAGAGAUGCCUGCAAUACAGAAGCUUUUCAAUGAUGUCAGCGGAGGAUCGUUAUCAGGACUGCAGACAGAGGUCCAGCUCCUUGUUUGCAGAGGGCUCUCCAAUAUUCUGACCCUACCAUGGGCUAACAUUCCAGACAGCGAGCAGCAGUGGCCUGUCAGAUCAGAGCAUCAUUCGGGAUUUAUCUUCAGACUCACCAAGGAGUACAGAGAACUCAAGAAUGUCCAAGGUAUCCAGACGGACAAGGUUCUCCAGGAGAGAGCUAAACCUGUCAUCAGGAAAACGUUGCAGAUCUUGUCAGACCAGGUAGAGUCUAUCGCUGGUGAAGUCUCAAAGACAAAACAGUUGUGCUAUCACUCUGUCAGGGAGUGUAUAGAGGUCACACUACACAUCUUCCCACUCUACAUUCAACAACCAGAUGUCGUGGAUGAAAUGAUGAGCUUUUUCUUGGCUCUCUUCCAAGGGCUAAGAGUUCAGAUGGGAAUUCCUACUAUUCAACAUAUAAUGGCAAUGUUCAUCAACUUGUUCACAAGACAGCAGCUAGCAGCAACCAUCAAACAUGAGAGUGAAUCUGGGAUCAGUGUUGUAGAGAAGUUUCUACAGAUUCUAGAGAUCAUAGUCCAGGAACCCGGUUCAGCAUUCAAGACAUUUCUUCCAAGUAUUAUUUCAAUCUGCAUGGAUCACAUAUACCCCAUUGUUGCAGAGAAAUCAUCACCAGACAUCAAGCCCGCCCUCUACAGGUUACUAUUUGAGAUGCUGCAAAGCAAGUGGAAAUACUUCUUUAAUUCCUCACUCCUAGCGAGCAUGCUUGGGGCGCCCCCUACAGACAACGUGGAGCAUGAGCAGCAGUUUAUCACGAUUAUGCAAGCUUUUGGUCAGUCUUUCCUUCAACCAGACAUCUCGAUUUUCAGGCAGAAUCUAGAAGCUCUGGAGAUCCUCAAUGCCAAACUCAAACUGUAUCAAAAGAAGAUAUUCAAAACAAUGAUGCUGUUGCCGUUCAUGAACGUCCUCCUCCAAGCACUGAUCCAUAAGUCACACGACCUACUGCAAGACGAAACCUUGGUGACCAUCUUCAACAUGGCAGCGGUAGACUUUGAUAAUUUCUUCAGGAUAUUCUUGCCAGAGUUCCUGACAAGUGCAGAGGGUCUGGACCCCAACCAGAAGACAAUCCUCAAGACAAAUUUCGCAUUUGCAGAGGAUCUUCCAUCAUUCAGCCAGAACUUGAGGCGAUUUGUGAGUGACCUUCGUUACUACAGACUGUGCAACUCGGCCCUUCCCGCUGGCUCUGUCAAGCUAUGACAAAGGAGGAACCAGGGGUAGGGGAAGGACUUAGAGUAGACUAGGACUCAAGUGCAAAGAAAAAAAUGCAAAUGCCAGGGAUUCCAGUAUUGCUGUUACUAGAUAUUAAUAUGAAGGAGGAACUGUCAGGUGUUGGACCAAAAUAUUGGGGGCUUCUGGCCCGACACCGUGCAGCUGGACUCCAUAAUCCAAGGCAGGUACAGUAAGGACACCUUGGUGUGUUGAGCAAUUAAGCCAGGUUAGACUAAGUGAUCUUCAUCUGGGCAUUUCUAGCCAUUUGUAUGGAGCACACCCGCACUCUGGACAAAAUAACCUGCUGCAGGAUGACAUGUUGGUGUAAUGGUCUGUGUGAUUGGGUUGAACUACAAGGGUCAGUUGAGAAGGUAUCCACUAUUGACAUGUAAUCUGGAGAGAGCUUAAAAACAUUUUGUCAAAACAUUUGUCUGGCAAGUUGUCAGAUCUGACAAGUUUCCUUGAUUUUGACUGGCCAAGAAGUACUGUUACCAUGGUACUUGUCGGAUAAAACGUCCAACAUGUCCUUUCAUGAAACACUCUCCUGAUUGACAAGAGGACAACAUCUUGGGGCAUUAGGUCACACGGCCAGGGAGAAGCUAGGUACUCUGGGUCCAUUCUAGGUCUUGCAAUGCAAAAGGUUUGCAAUGGAUUGUGAAUAUGAAAGAACAGUUCUGAUUGGCUUCUGGUGCUAUGUUUGGUCCUAUAUUCAAAUGCAACGAUGAUUGUGAUUGGUCAUUGUAAGUUCUGAAUGAUUGCAAGCUUUGUGUGUUAUGAAACAUGCAUACAGAUUCAAUAAAUCUACUUCUAAAGAUGAUGGCAGAGGGAUGGGGGGUUGCAAGAAUGCUAAAGAUAAGGAUGGACCAACAUGUCCUGAAAGAGAUUUGUAAGCUGUUACGUGGAACCUAUCAGCACAUUUGUAGUCGUCUAGACACAGGUGCAGUGAUAUCAAAUCUGCAACAUGUUGGUGGGUUGGAAAGCACCUUGGUCAUGCUUGAGGAUACUGCAAAGGAUUCCAAACUAGCUGCUGUAGUUCUGAAAUCUGAUAUGAUGGAUGCAGACAAUGGUGAUGGAGGGACAAGCUGCUAGAUCUAGGUGGGACAGUUUGUGGAUCUACAGAGGCUUGUGAUGUUGAUUGACUGGUUUCCUGGUAAUCUGACCCCUACAGUAAUUCUGCCCUCAUGGGGAUAGCGUGUUUGAAAGAAAGCUGCACUGUCGGAUGGAACAAGUUCCAAAGACGCAUAGGGAUGGACACAACCACACAUUGAAUUCAACAAAUUUGUUUUUAUACCCAAUGAAUAAAUCAGAUGAAAAGUGCCAUACAUGGGAAAAUGGGCUGUUUAAGUAUGAUUAUUGCAUUGAUGCAACAAAGGACUGACAGAUCAACCUCAAUUUCCCUGCCAAUUAAAAGCUCACCUCAGGUCAGAUGCACAUGACAGGAAGGUUGACUACAUUUAGAUGUACCUAUGGCAGGUUACCCAUAGUUAUCUCAGCAUUGGUCUAUAAUAACUGAGCCAAUUUAAUCAUGUUUAUUUAAUGAAUCCUUGAAUGUUGACUUUGCAGCCAUAUUUAGCCGAUAUCCCUUGAGUGGCCAUGUUAAGGAAGACGCGAGAGCAAAAUAUUGAGUAGCCUACCAUACUAAGUCCCAAGUGAAAUCAAGUUAAGUGGACCUCGGGCUUGGUGAAGUAGCCAUGAAAUGUCUUGUGCUUCAGCACUCCGUAUCCUGUUUCAUACAACUUGUUACCAGUAAAACAAAAAGAAAUUUCCAUUAUAAAUUGUCAGCCAAUCCAAUGCCAGAAUUUAUGUAACUUGGAACAUUGAGAAUAAUUUUGUUACAACAAGUUUUAUUGGAAACUGGAUCUUUGGCAGUGUUUCACAAUAAUGUUGCUGGUACUAGGUUCAUAGGUAUGUUUUGGAAAUUGUGUGCUGUAUUGACACUAGUUUCUCGGACGUCUGCACAUGUGUACUUGACAGUGUUGUGAAAUCAUGUAAAUUUCUCGUCUCUCAAGCUGUCAAGAAUGUUUUCUUGAAUACUUUGAAAUGCUGGUAAUGUUUCAUAGAUUUCAUUGGACCUGGGUCAUUGUUUAUUCCCCCCCCCAAAAAAAAAAAAGGUUUAAACGCUAUUAAACAGGCAGUAAGGGUUAGUUUAGUGGAUGGGAGAAAAAACAUUCCCAAAACUUGCUGAAAUUUCACAUUUCACAUCCAUGAAAUGGCAGUGUGCAUUUCAAAGUCCCACAUUUAGACUUUCAUGUACGUAUACCAUGUGUGAAAUCAACUGAAAAUGAACAUUCAGAGUCAAGGAAGGGGAACGUUCUUUAUUUUCUUGACAGUACCCAACUAAAUCAAAACAAUUUUAGGAAAUAAGAAAAAUAGAUGCCCAUUUUAUGGAUGUAAAGAUGUGAAAUGUGAAACUUAAGUAGCUUUGGGAAGGUUUUUUUUUCAUACAGUUCAAAUGGUUACCAAAAUGUGCAAAAUUUAUUUUACCUCAAUUUGCCCAAUUUCCCACAACGGUGAACUUUUUGAAAAAGUGCAAUAGCACUUAGUAUAGAGUGAGGAGGUGUUUUGAAAAAAAGGAUAGAGGAGAAAAAAAUGAUUGAAUAACACAUUUUUUUCUGAAUUGCCCUCAUUUACUCUCUUUCUGACUCAUACUUUUCUAUAAUAGCAAGGUAUUUUCGUCUUCCAAUGGUUUUGUAACCCAGUCAGCAAGUAUGAUUGAUGUUUCUUAAUGUGUGUCUAUUUCAGAAAACUGAUUUUAUAUGUGCACUUUAUGCUUAUUCCAUCAGUAAAUAUUAUUUAUUUAAGAUUUAAUCAUACAUAAUAACCAUUUUUUUAUUUUGACUAUGUCUCUGUAGACCGAAGUUUAUGCUCAGUUUACGUUUUCAAUUCUUUCUUAAGAUACUAUAUUCUGCAUUUGUUGCAUAAAAGGACAAUAAAAAUUACAUGAUUAUGAAAUACAUAUCUAUUUCACCUUGUAAUGUUAACUCUCUUUUAGGAGAUAACUUGGGCAAUCAUGGGCAUAUUGUAAGAGCAAAUUCUCAGUUUUUGUUUUGAUGUUAGCUUUGGACAGGUUUGAGUAUCGGAUUUCCAUCUCUGGUUAUACAGAUUCAAUAUUUGUGUGGUUGUCCAUCAAAAAAUAGCAAAACAAUGAAUUGAAAGUAAAUGAUAGUUGAAUUGUAAUUGUAAUAUUUUGGCAUAAAUUUGUUUUAUACCACAUAAUUCUCAUAUCAUCCAGUACAAGUGAUCUUUUCAGUGAAACUGCAGGUCAAUAUUUAUCACUCCAAUAUUUAAUUAUUUGCAUGUAGCAUUAUGGAAUGAUGAGAAAGCAUUCCUUUCAUAUUUUCAUUUGUUUUUUGCUGUGAUUUCAUAUUACAGUAACCACUUGUUACCAUUUAGUUAUAAAAUGUGCUUAUGAUAAUUCAAAGAAAAAUUGUUGGUAUAUUUAAAGAAAAUCAACCCAUUCCUCCUCAUUAACAAGCACAAGAAUGAAAAUCUUAUUCCUGAAUGUAACUCAAGUAAACAUGUUUGUGAAUAUAUCCUGUCACAGUGUGCACGCUGUUUACUUGUGUGACUCGGUAACUUCUGGUAGCUCAAAGGUUAGAAGAGAUUGAGAACAUGGUACAAAAGCGGUUGCAACUAGACUAGUACUAGCUACAGUAGAUCGGUGGAAUGUUUCACAAAGAUUUUUCAAGUACAGCAUGUCCGCAUUGGUCAGAUCGUGCCAAGAGGACGUACAUUGCUCUUUAUCAAUAAGAUUGUGCGUUGCAUAUCAUAUACGCGUCGACAUUAAAGUGCAACUCUUAAGUCAUACUUCAAUCUUUGUGACACACCUCCCAGAAUUUGUUGGGUCACACAUAACCAAACAAGAAGUAGAAUUUCUAGUCCAGUGCACAAAGAAAAUGUCAAAUUCACACAUCUGAAGCAUCCAGGAACUUUUGGUCAUUGUCGAUAAAGAGAAUUAUAUUUUUGUUAUGAUGUAACCUUCACCACCAUCCAUGCAUGUAGAUGGAUAGAAAUAGUCAUCCUGUGAUUGUCUACACCAAAGACUUGAGAACUGAGUGCUAGAUGAGGAGAGGAAGAUAUUGAAAUCUUGGUGCAAUGUACACCAUUGAGAAUGAAGUGUGUGGAUUUGUAAAGACUUCUAAAGCCAUCUUUUUUUUGUUUUUAUAAUCAUGUGCUUCCGUUUUUGUGAUGGCAAAAAAUGAGUACUUGUGAAGAAUGGUGACACAUGUUGUUGGCUUGUUUGUAUUUGCCCUUGUAACAAUUAUUCUUUGGAUAUAAAGAUGACAAUAUAAUUGUGACAAAAAGUCAUUGAAAUAUUUUAUAAAAAAGCAAAGGAGUUCUGGGUAGGGCUCGAAGAUACAUGUAUCUUGCUUUUGCCCAAGCAAGAAAUAAUGAUGAAUCCCUUUUGUGUGAAUUUAUAAUUAAAAUAAGGAAUAGUAAAUUCAAAAGGAAACCAGGUUUGACAGACGACUCCACUCCAUUGAUUGAUUCCCACUAAACAUAUUUUGUAGAAUGCAUCUCAUCAGGCAAUGCCUUCCAAGUCAAUUGAGUUGACAACAUAGGUGUUGUCUUCCCAAAAGGCAGAAGGCAUGUUCUAGAUAUCAGAAAGUGAUUUUCUCAUAGACAUAUUUUAUGCCUGAAUUCAGAUAUGGAGACUAAUGUUCAUCAAUAUCAUGAUAAUAUUAAUCAUCUUGAUCUAGGUCCCAUAAAGACUUGUUAUGAUAACAAAUGCACAAUAUCUAUGGCAAGUUUACUCUCAGCCAAUCAGAUUGAAUGAUUUCUGUAGCUUUUUAACUACAUGUAUUGCAAAUUGUUAUUAUAACCAGUUUUAUGAAACAGGGCCCCUGAUAUUUCUAUUUCUUUUCAUAUUCAGGACUAACUGUAAUGGUGGUCCCAUUUGAUCCCUUUUGCUAAGAUCUGAGGAAAACUGAAACCAGUCCACUGCAUAUCAUAUAGUUACAUUUAAUAAUUCACUUGUAUUGUGUAGAUUAACAUGAGAUUCUUGAAUAUGCAAUUUAUAUACAUGCAUACAUCAUUAUGCUGCCAAGAUCAGCUGCAUAUCAUACAUUGAAACACAUGUAGAGAUUAUUGAGCCUGUGCAGUGUUGACGAUCAUUCAGAUUUGGGUAAAAUGUGGGAAGAUAUAAUGAGGACUAUGUGCUGCAAAAUCAAUUACGGAGCUGUGUCUAGUAGCACAAAUGUUAGCGAUUAAUCAUACGUUUGAUUUUCAUGAUUAAUAAUGCAGUCGAUGCAAUUGAUCGUAAAAUAAUGUUCUACGGUGAUUCCUAAGCUUUCUGUUACGGGCCCCAGGUUUGAUUUUAAACCUUUAUCAAAUAGCUUGUCUUAAUUGAAAGAAAUGGAACUGAAGAAGGAUAAACAUAUCUGAAUUAAGCCCUGAAUUAUGGGAACUAGUUGGCUUGCAUGAAAAAAAAAGAAAAA